CCAUGCAUCGGGCAGUUCCUCCUUGUCUGUCAUCCUCGAAGCAUCGGAGUGUCCUGCUGCGUUUCCAUUCAUUCACCAAAAUCGACAAUCCACUACAAGUUCGUCAAUUGUUUUAAAAAGUUUCGUGAAAACAAAAUACGGUGGAGCAUUAUAAAGUACAAUGGAUGCAGUAGUGAUUAAGUGUGUAUUAAUUACGAUACAAUUUCUGCAAGUGUACGGACAUGGAAGACUAAUGGACCCGCCGUCCAGAAACUCCAUGUGGAGGUACGGAUUCCCGAAUCCAGUAAAUUACAAUGAUAAUGAACUUUACUGUGGUGGCUAUUCUGUUCAUUGGAAUCAGAAUAAAGGAAAGUGCGGAAUUUGUGGCGACAGUUAUGAUAAAAAAGAGCCGCGGCCUCACGAAGCCGGUGGGACUUAUGCUAAUGGUAUAAUAACCCGUCGAUAUAUAUCUGGCCAAGAGAUAAAUAUUGAAGUAGAAUUGACGACAAACCAUUACGGACGAUUCGAAAUAAACCUCUGUCCAAACAACGAUCCCUACAAAGAAGUAACGCAGGAAUGUCUCGACAAAUAUCCACUGAGGGUCGUUGGCCAGGAUGACCAUAGGUACAUCCUCGACGAAGACGGCCCCAAGAAAGCCACAAUCUACUACAGCGUCCGACUGCCACCGUAUCUUACAUGCACCCAGUGCGUCCUCCAAUGGAAUUACUACACAGGAAAUCAAUGGGGACUUUGCGACAACGGCACUUACGCUCAAGGAUGUGGAAAAUCGGAACUGUUCCGAAACUGUGCCGAUGUCAGCGUUGUGACUAAUGUCGGAGGUGCUAUUCCACCACUCUUUGUCGAAGUGGACAACCCCUAUUUGUUGUUCUACAAGGACAGUACACGACCGGCGCCUUUCAACGUUUAUCCGUUGAUUGUGCGACAUCAAGUGUGUCAAGCCAACGACAAUAUCAAAGCUUUGAUGCCCGGAAUGGACAAUUGGUGUCAAAGUAAUUGCCUCAAGUAUCCACCAAACUGUCCCAAAAGCAUUUGUAAUUGUCCGACAACGUGUGAAGCAAUAGGGGAAUAUGCAGGACAAAAAGGGGCUGAUGAACAUUGUAUGGACCAAUGUAUCGUCUAUCCCCCCAAAUGUCCCUCGUCAUGUCGAUGUCGCGAUGAAGGUAAAAGUUAGAAGCAAAUAGCAGAAAAAAUAAGAAUUAUUGAAAUUAAAUUCGGCUGUUCGAUAAUAUUUAAUUAAUAUUGCGGACAAUGAGAUUUCUGUCCCAUUUGGUAAACAUUUCGUACAAAAAAUAAAUUAAGGAUUUUUG